GGAUGCGGCGGCGACGCGAGGUUCGCGGCAUCGCCAGAUUGAGCUCCUGAGGCAGCGUGUUGUGCAAGGAGCGUGUUCUCUCUGUCUCUGUGCGUGUAAAUAAGCGGUGAAAGAGCGACGCGACGCGUAACUAGGUACGUGUACGUAUUGACAUAUUGAAGUUUGACAUGUCAGGAUUCAAGCUAGGAAUUCUACGUUUAGGAAGAGCCGCAGGCAAGACAAAGUACGCUCUGCUGGAUGAACGUGACAUUUCUCUAGUCGAGCAUUUCCAUUUUGAGGCCAAGCUCGAAGUGGACAGAGACGGCAAUGGUGCUAAGAUAUACGCGUACGCGUACGAUGUGGGCAGGGGCCGAGCCUUUGGACAGUACCUCCAUGAACUACUCUGGGAGAAGCAUUGCGGUGGUAUAGCACCUGGGUACAAGGUAAUACACAAAAACAGCGUGACUGUAGACAACCGACUAGAAAAUCUCGAGCUAGUUCCAGGCUCUCACAGCUCGGGUCGUUCUGAUGAGCCCUUCACAAAAAACCGAGAGCAGAGCCUUUACUGGGUGGCCAUACAACAACUACCGAUUGACCCACUAGAAGAUCACUUGCCUGAGAGAGUAAGGACAAAAUUCUACAAUGCCAAUGGAGAGAUUGUAGAGGAAGAAGAUGAUAGCACAUGUUACUACGAGUGUCACUACGCACCCUGUACGAAUAUGGAGCGAGAGCUACGCGAGUUUAGUAUAUGUGGCAGAUGCCAACAAGCUAGAUACUGUGGUACGUAUUGUCAGCAGCGGGACUGGCCAAUGCACAAACGAUACUGUCGAGAGAAGCGAAGGCCUGUCAUCACAGAACGUCCACCCGAGCGCUAAUGGCGCCAUCUAGGACCACAUUGUCAUACUGCCAUGCUGCAACGGUCACCAAGCUGCGUUGUUGUGAGCUCUUGAAGUCUGAGGCCAGUCACUCACCGUGUGAAGAUUAUUUGUCUGUAACGAAAUUACCAAAGCCGUACAUACCAAGCUGAACUUACUGAGCUUCUCGUGAUUGUCUGGGUUUGCCUUUUUAAUGCCCCUCAGUAUUCACUUUUCUUUAAACAGUCAUCAUUGCAGAAUGGCAAGAGAGAGAGAGUGAAGGCAAAUGAAGGCUGUCACGAGAAUAGGAUACACUGUUCGGGGGUGUUUAAGUAAGCUGGGAUAACUUUAGUGGUAUCGAACAUUGAUGGUAUAGCUAUAUCUAGUCGAGUAGCUUGAUCGCUCUGUACGUAGCUUGCUUAUAAUCUUUCUCAAUUAGAUGUGAGCAUCCUAACUCCAGUGUGGUAGCUCCUUUUAAUUAACAGCAUUUGUAGGGGUUACAUAAUGAAUUUGAACACCAGUUUACACCGUUAUUUAGCUUUGGUAGUUGGUAAUGAAAGCCAACCAUCAAGGGCAUGUGCUUUUAAAUUGGGUUACAAAAACAUUUGAGCUUGUCUGAAAUGUUUCGGGCACAUUCGAAUUGAGGUCAGUAUAAUGUCAGCAGUGAAAGGCAGCAGAUUUUUUAUUAAUUGUGGAAUCUAGGGCUCGAUUCGUGUAGUGCGCCUUUAUCUAGGUCAAGAGCUGUACACAUUUGCUUAUGGUGGCCCGGAAAACAACGUAUUGUACAUAUAUUUAUACUACACAUGUCUAUUAACAGAGUAUCUAUCUAUUUAAUGUGAUAACAUCAGGAGAGUCAUGAUAUACGUGUGUAUAUCCGUUCCUCCUGAUAAACAUGAUCCCUGUGCAGUGGGUACAAGUGGUGCGGUGUUGCAUUACUCGAUUUUUUUGGGGAUACGAGUGUCGGUAGAUCGCGUGUACACGCCACUUCCCAGCUUCCGAAUAAGAAGUAGUAAAACCCAGCAGCAGAACGUUAUAAGAAUGUCUAACUAAAGUGAAACGUAGACCCAUGGCGCUCCUCUCGUUUCCAGGGUGUGCAUAAAUAUGAUGAGGGCUAUUCUAGCUGCAGCUUGCACAAAUGCUUGUAUUCGUGGUUUUUGGGUAUCUCCAAAAAACGGUGAUUAGGUCGUACUAGCUACACAGUAUACAGCCUCGGUUCAAAUAAGAUUUUGUAUUUGUCAGCUUAAAGGUCUCAUGGCAACUGCCUAAAAUCUCAACAAUGCAGAACUUACUGCUGGAUUAUGUCUAUCAAGAAGUAGCCUAGGUGACCUAGUGAUACUAACAACAGGUACCGUCCCCAAACGUGGUAGAUGCGCACAGGCAUCGUUGCCUUUAAUUUGCGCUUGUUUUCAGUUUUCUGUUAACAAACGCUGUUUAAUGUAAUAUUUUUAGGUAAAUAUACCCUGCAGAUGAAGUCGUGUUUGAGCAGAGGUAUUGUUCGCUGUCCUGUGACUGACAGAGAUUUUCCAUUAGCAUUCAAUCAGGAUGAACUCCUGAGCCAGUUAGUAGACUAAUACAAUAUAGUACUUAUUGUUUUCUCAAGAUUUAUCUAACGGAAGGUAUGAUCAAGUGUAAAAUCGUAGUCUACUAACAACCAAGGUAUUUAUAAUUAGUGGAAUAGUGAGUGCGUACGUGUGCGUGUGCGUGUGCGUGUGCGUGUGCGUGUGCGUGUGCGUGUGCGUGUGCGUGUGCG